AUGCUGUCGCCUCCACCUCCGCUGCCGCGCGUGUGUGUUUGCGAAGAGCCGCCGUAUAUCAUGGGGCCUAUGGUGCAGUGUGCGCGGAAGGCAAAGUGCGAGGUUAGGUGGUUUCAUUGUGUUUGUGUUGGGUUUCCUGAGGAGGAGGCGGGGUGGGUUUGUGAGGCGUGUGAG